CCUCAUCAGUUGUUGAAGUGACGCUUCUUCUUCUUCUUCUUCUCUCUCUUUUCAAUAUCGUUCUCCUUCCGCGGGAAUGGAGGGAUAUUAUAAUAUCUUUGUGUUGGAUGAAAGUCUCUCCCUACUUAUGUGUAUUUGUGCCUGUACCACUUUGAUUGUAUAUCUGACACUGUAUUAAAAAGACACACCAGUACUGUGCUUCGUACGUGGAAGUCAGUCUUUUCUUUCGAAACUCCACAAUAUCAACAUUUUACAAAAAUGUUGAGAAAAAACAACUUGAAGCAAUAACAAAAAAAAUAAAAUAAAAUUUCUCGCGGAAAUCUCAAACAAAAAAAGAUCUGAAAAAUGUUUUAAGUGUUAAUAAAUAAAUAAAAAAAAAAAAAAAAAAAAUUCUACAGAGCCCUGAUGGUGAGGAAGUAUUGAAUGUAUCGGAGCAAAAAGUGAAACAGAAAAAGGAUUUUUGAAGAAGAAGAAGAAAAGAAAAAGGAACACAAAAAAAAUGGAGGCUGCCGAAGUAACAUUUCUCUUUCAAUUUGGAUUGCUCCGCGAUACAGUAACUGUCGAUUCUAGCCAAUUGACACUCAAGUCUUUAAAGGAAUUUGCCUGUGAUUUUAUAAAUAGCAAGUGUCCUGAUCAUGGCUUAAGUCAAUUGUUCGAUAGACUUUUGUUAUUUAAACACGAUUACAAUUCAAUUAAUAUCCUUCAACUCAUUACAAAUGCAAUGGAAAUAGUUGAUGAAACUUUAGUUGAAAUAGUUCUCACUGCACAAGUGCCAACUGAGCAAAUUCCAAUUCGACCUCACGCUUUAUCGGUACAUUCUUAUAAAGCUCCGACUUUUUGUGAUUUUUGUGGUGAAAUGCUCUUUGGUCUUGUUCGACAAGGUCUUAAAUGCGAAGGAUGUGGUAUGAAUUAUCAUAAACGAUGUAUUAUUAGAGUUCCAAAUAAUUGUUCACAAGACUCGAGUCAAAGACGACUUAGUUCGACAUUAUUGAAUGUUCCAAGAUCGCCGAGUCAAAGUUCCACGAGUAGUUUAACAAGUGCCAGUGACGAUAAUCACAGUACGAAUGUAACACCAAACACAAGUCAAAACAACAGUACGCUGGCAAUACCUAGUAUCGUGGGACCAAAACAAUCUCGUUCACCAUCAUUGGGAGGAAGACCAGUAUGGGUAGAUCGUGAAAUGGCAACGCGAAUAAAAAUUCCACACACAUUUGUUGUUCAUACAUAUACAAGACCAACGGUUUGUGGUCUUUGUAAAAAAUUAUUACGUGGAUUAUUUAAACAAGGCCUCCAAUGUAAAGACUGCCAAUAUAAUGCCCAUAAAAAAUGUGUAGAAAAAAUUCCCAAAGACUGCAUUGGGGAGAAUCCUAGUGACAACGCAGGCAUCGAAUAUCCGGACAGUGGUGUCGGUAGUGAACCUGAAGGAAGAUGUGAUAGAAAUGAAGAAGGCGAUGGUGAUAGUGAUGCAGAAUCUCUGCCUCAACCGGCACAAUUCACUUCCUAUUUAACUGAUGAAAAAACAAUGAAUGGAAAAUACUCAGAGUUUGCUUCUUCUCAUGAUAUAUCGACUGAAAAUUUGGAAAAAUCCAGACCUUCAAGCUGCAGCUCAACUCCCAGCAAUAAUAUUCCUUUAAUGAGAAUUGUUCAAAGUGUUAAACAUACAAAGAAAAGAGGUUCACAAGUAUUAAAAGAAGGUUGGAUGGUACAUUUUACAAAUCGUGAUUCAAUGAGAAAGAAACAUUAUUGGAGAUUAGAUUCUAAAUCUUUGACUUUAUUUCAAAGUGAUACUGGAUCAAAGUAUUACAGAGAAAUACCGCUUUGUGAAAUUUUAUCCAUAGAACCACCAACGGCAGUUCAUUCACAAACCAUGCACUGUUUUGAAUUAAGAACAGCUAAUUUAGAUUAUUAUGUGGGAGAAGAUUCAAUGUUUAGUGGAACUAAUGGACCGGUUCCUCCUCCCGAAAGUGGAAUUGGAGCACAUUUAGCAAGAUCCUGGGAAACUAGCAUAAGACAGGCUCUAUUGCCUGUUACUUCAGCAACGAAUCAGGAACAAUCGACUGAACCCGAGGAAUCAGUGACUGAUAUGUCACAAUUAUAUCAAAUUUUCCCCGACGAAGUUCUUGGCUCUGGACAAUUUGGAAUUGUUUACGGUGGUAUACAUCGUAAAACAAAUAGAGCAGUUGCAAUAAAAGUUAUUGAUAAAUUACGCUUUCCAACAAAACAAGAAGCUCAAUUAAAAAACGAAGUAGCAAUAUUACAAAAUUUAUCGCACAAUGGUGUUGUCAAUUUAGAUCGUAUGUUUGAAACGCCUGAGAGAAUAUUUGUUGUUAUGGAAAAAUUGAAAGGCGAUAUGUUGGAAAUGAUAUUAAGCUCUGAAAAAGGAAGGCUCAGUGAGCGUAUAACAAAAUUUCUUGUCACACAAAUACUCGUUGCACUCAAACAUUUACAUAGUAAAAAUAUUGUUCAUUGUGAUUUAAAACCAGAAAAUGUUCUAUUGAGUAGCGACAGUGAUUUUACACAGGUGAAACUUUGUGAUUUUGGAUUUGCACGUAUUAUUGGUGAACGUAGCUUUCGACGUAGUGUCGUUGGUACACCGGCAUAUUUGGCGCCUGAAGUACUACGUAAUAAGGGUUAUAAUCGUUCAUUGGAUAUGUGGAGUGUGGGAGUUAUUAUUUAUGUUUCAUUGAGUGGAACUUUUCCAUUUAACGAGGACGAGGAUAUUAAUGAACAAAUUCAAAAUGCCGCUUUCAUGUAUCCACCGUAUCCUUGGAAGGAGAUUUCUUCUGAUGCUAUCGAUCUGAUUAACAAUUUGCUGCAAGUGAAGCAAAGAAAAAGGUACACAGUUGACAAAAGUUUGCAACACAUUUGGUUACAGGAUUAUCAAAUGUGGUGUGACUUGAGGGAAUUGGAAUCGAAAAUUGGUUGCCGAUAUUUGACACAUGAAAGUGAUGACGCUCGCUGGGCAGCAUAUGCUAAUCAAAAUGCAUGACACAACUUUAUAUCGCCGAUAAAAGUUUUACCGUCAACGACAGAAACCUUUUUGCGUAAAGGUUGGACUCGCAUUGCUCAAGAUACAUUGCGACGUCUCAUUCGUACUUGAGAGAAAAAAUGAAAAAAAAACAAAAAACAAAUAGUCUAGUGAACUUUUACAAAUUAAUUCUUUACAUUUUGGACGUUUCAAAGUAACUAAACAUUUCUACCAUUAAGAGAGAGAGAAAGAAAGAAAGAAAGAAAGAGAGAGAAAGAGAGAUUAUUUCAGGACUCUGUCAUCCUUCAAACAGGUUACAAAUUUAAUUUAUUUUUUUUAUAUUUUUGAAUAAUUCAAAUUUUUAUAUUUUUAACUUUGAAUAAUUCAAAUUUUAUUAUUAUUACAAUUUGAAUUCAAUUUGAAUUGAAUUUUUAAAUUAAAUUUUUAAAUUAAAUUUCAAAGUCGAAAAUUUGAUUCGAUUUUCCAUUUUAAUGCCAUUUUUUAAAACUAUAAUUUUUGAUUUAGGAAAAUUUUAAGAAAUUCAAUUUUUUAUAAAUUGGAAAUUUUAAAUUGUAUUUUUUUGUUUCUUUUUUGAAUUAGUCAUUCAAAUUUUGUGAAACAUUUGAAUAUUCUAUUUUUGCCUUUAUAAUUGAAUUUGUUUAUUUUAAGAGAUUUUAAAAUUUUGACAUAUUUUAACUUAAUUAAAAUUUGUUUAGAAAAUAUUUUAUAAAAUCUGAAUUAUUGGUAAAAAUUUUAAAACUCUGUCUAUAAAAGAGAGGCAAACAAUUUUUUUCCUGCAUUUAAAUUUAAAAUGCAAUUUAUAAAUAGGAAAAUUUUUUGUCAUAAUUGUAUUUCUUAAAUUUUACUUUUUUUUAUUUUAUUUAAGAUCUUUUAUUAUUGUUAAGAAAUCUGAAUUUUUUAUAUUCUAUUAUAAAGUUAAUAAGACUAAAAUUUUAUUUUCCAUCGAUUUUUUUUUUAAAGGACUAUUGAAAAUAAGAAUCUCAGAAGAAAAUUAAAACGAUAUUAUAUUUUAUGUAAUAGUAGAUAAUUUACUUAAAUUUAUAUAAUUUUUUUUUUGAAUUUUUUUUUUUUUUAUAUUUAACGUAUAUUAAAUUUAUAUUUAUAAUAUAAAAUUAAGAGGAUGACAAAGGGGGGAAAAAAAUAAUUAGAAGAGUGACAACCAAUAAACAUGGCCUGCGCACAAAAAAAAAAAAAAUAUUAUGAAAUUUUAAAUAAUAAGCUUUUGCAUCUUUAAACUGUUUUUUGAAAUUCCCACACAAGUUCAGAUUGAAAUAUUAACGAAGUUAGGAAAAAAAAAGAUAAUAAUUGAAAGUUAAUGUUAUUGAACAUGUGUGGAAUUCCUUGUGGAUAUACUCAACGAUUUAAAAAAUAUAAAACUUUGAUAAAUGAUUGCCCAAAAACAUUUUUUAAAGACUUUCUUGAUGCUUUUUUAGCCUCGUCGAGAUUUCAAGUUUAUUCGACUUUUAAGCAAAAUAUCUAUUUAAAGUUAGUUCGUUAAUAUAUUUCCUGCACUUCUUUUAUGUAUUAUCAAAACUUCCAUAAAGCGAAAACAAUGAUAAUGAGUUUCGAUUCUGUCGAAAGAAUAUAUGGAACAAAAAAUAUUCGACUCUCGCUACUCUGAUAAGUUCUUUUUUUUUAAAAAAAAAAAAAAAAAAGGUAAUUUAAUAAAUUUGUUCAAUACUUUUUCUUUGUAGUGAUUGAAAAAAAAAUUAAAUUAAAUAUUUUAAUUGAAAAAAAAUAAUGUUAAUGUUACAAAAAGCGAUAAAAACUUUUGAAAAAACAGAGAAUCGAUCCUCUUUUUCUGUAUGUAAAUAAACGGGAAAAAAAAUAGGCUCCGGCUAGAAUCCUUUCCAAUAUAUAGAAUUUUUUAGGCUUUGCUAGGUUCGACUGGCUUUUUAUAUAUAAAAUACAUCAAACAUGUUUUUUGAAACUUUAUUGAUGAAUUUUUGCAAAUAUAAAAAAAAAAAAUGUUGCUUGUUGCAUUUUAAAAAAUGAAAAUCGUAACGUAAGAUCUUUAAGAUAAUUGUAUAAAUGAAAGAAAAAAAAAUGAUACAUUAUUCAGAAAGGAAAAGAAAAAAAUAAUGAAGAAGAAACAAUAUAUAAAUUUUAAAUAUAUAUAUAUAUACAUUGUGAUAAUACAGUAUUUGAAGUGCGUACCUGAAUGAUAUUAUUUCUGGUUUGCUGAGUAGUGUGUAGUGUUAAUACUAAUGCAUUCGAGAAUUAAUUUUUGUAUACAUUUAGCAUAAAUUAUAUAUUUAAACUUCUACAUUUACAGUGAAUUGUCAUUCCGCUAAAUACUAAUGUAUAGUUGAUAAUGUUAUGAAAAAAAAAAAAAUGUAUUGGACAGUGGAUUAAGUAAAUUUGAUAUUUAUUUAA